AUGAAGGAUUUAAGAUCUCUUCGAUAUUUUCUUGGUAUUGAGGUUGCUACUUCUUCUACUGGGUAUCUUCUCUUUCAGACUAAGUAUGCCCAUGAUAUUCUUUCUCGUGCCAAUCUCACUGAUGACAACAUUGUCGACACUCCUUUUGAGUUGCAUGCUAAAUUUUCUACUUCUGAUGGCGUUCCUCUUGAGGAUCCCACUUUGUACCGCGAGUUGGUUGGGUACCUUGUUUAUCUCACCGUUACUCGUCCGGAUAUCUCCUAUGCUGUGCACAUUCUCAAUCAGUUUGUUUCUGUUCCUCGUUCCACACACUGGGCUGUCUUACUUCGUACUCUGCGCUACCUUCGUGGCACUUUGCUGCAAUGUUUGCUUUUAUCUGCCUCUUCGGACUUGACUCUUCGUGCUUAUGUUGACGCUGAUUGGGUAGGUGACAUCUUUGAUCGCAAAUCUACUUCUGGUCUUUGUGUUUUCCUCGGCGAUUCUCUCAUAUCUUGGAAGAACAAGUUUGUUAUCAAGGAGAUGCUAGCAUUGAACACAACUGAGAUAGUUGAAGUGUCAAGCCUUAUCUACUGGGUCAACUCUGUUGCUUUCAGAACUUCAUUGAAUUAUGUGAAGUUUGUUACGUUUGGUUGA